UCUGAGCCCAAGUGGUUACAGUUCCACCAAUUCCUGAGUGCCCUGUGUGCCCGCCUGUGCAAGACCCAGGGACAGCAGUGACCCACACAGGCCAUCUCUUCCUCUUGGGGCCUGGUGGCAAUGACCAGAGUCGAGACCCUGGAGAAGUACCUGCAUUGUCUCUCCUCCCCCUUCCUCCCCCUUGGAGUUGUCCCCUCUGCCCCCACCUCCCCCAGGGGAGGUACCCCAAAGGCAGAUGUCUGCAAAUUGGAACCGGCAGAGGAAGUGGCCUGUCAGCCCGUCCCCCUGCUACCCCAGGCUACCUUAAGCAUCUCAGCUGUUGGCCCACAGGGCGGAGUAGCCUUCUUUAGCUGUUCCCUUCUCCCUCUGAAGAGAGAUGGGGCUUGGUGAGCCCACCUCAACCGAGACCGCUGCUCCUUCUUCCACUUUGUCUUAGAGAAAGGGAGUGCUCCGAGGGGGAACCGUCUCCUCUGGGAGAGAGAGCACUGCAGCGGCCCCUAGCCCAGUGAUGGGGAGUAUGGCCCCCAGCGACAUAAUGGCAGCAGGGCCCAUGGCACCAGGCUUCUUCCAGGGGCCCCCUGGUUCCCAGCUGCCCCCCCACAACCCCAACGCCCCCAUGAUGGGGCCUCAAGUUCAGCCCUUCAUGUCACCGCGGUUCCCAGGGGGCCCCCGGCCCACCCUGAGGAUGCCGAAUCAGCCUCCUGUGGGCCUCCCCAGCUCCCAGCCCCUCCUCCCUGGCGCCAUGGACCCCUCCCAGCGUGCUCAGGGACAUCCAAGCAUGGGCCCCAUGCAGAGAGUGACGCCUCCACGGGGCAUGGCUGGUGCUGGGCCCCAGACCUACGGAGGUGGCAUGCGACCUCCCACCAACUCCCUUGCUGGCCCUGGCCUUCCCACUAUGAACAUGGGGCCUGGAGUUCGAGGACCAUGGACCAGCCCCAGUGGCAACUCGAUCCCCUAUUCAUCCUCUUCCCCCAGCAGCUACACGGGACCCCCAGGAGGAGGUGGGCCUCCUGGAACACCCAUCAUGCCCAGCCCUGGAGACUCUACCAACUCCAGUGAGAACAUGUACACCAUCAUGAACCCCAUCGGGCCAGGCGCCGGCAGGGCUAACUUCCCGCUGGGGCCUGGCUCAGAGGGCCCCAUGGCGGCCAUGAAUUCGAUGGAGCCUCACCACGUGAACGGAUCCCUGGGCUCGGGAGAGCUGGACGGGUUGCCAAAGAGCUCCCCCGGCGCCGUGGCCGGCCUGAGCAACGCCCCCGGCACCCCGCGGGACGAUGGCGAGAUGGCGGCCCCCGGGACCUUCCUGCACCCCUUCCCGAGUGAAAGCUACUCCCCCGGGAUGACCAUGAGCGUGUGAUGGGCAACAGCCCCCUUGUCCACUGCCGGACUCGGCUUCUGCCCAAUGCCCCUGCCCAGGGCCACAGUCCAGGGGCUGGGGGUCUGCAGGGUAAGGGUCUGAGGUCACACCUCAGGCAGCUGGACUCCUGGUCAAGGCUUGGACGCUGGGAGGCCCAGCAGGAAGGACUUUCUCAUUUUAUAAAAAAAAUGCAAGGACCUCAGAGACACUCUCCUGAAUGGGCCCUGCCUACCAUUUCUGUAUUAUGGAGGAGGGGGGCUCAAUGGGGAACCUCCUUUCCCCUGGAUGGCAGGGGGUGGGCCCCAUCAAUAAAUGUAAUUUUUUUUUGGUACUUGUUCUCAUGUUUUUUCAUGUUGACUUGCAGCCUCACUUUCAAGGGCUUUGGUUAUUAGGCAGAGGCACUGGGUUCUGGAAAAUUUGGGGUUUGGGCCAACAGCUGAAUGUUGAAAGAUAGAAGAAUUCAGCCAGACUUAAGGGGUGCUUAGGGUUAAGUCUGGCACCAAAAACCCACAGGCAGAGAUAUGUGGCUGACAGUGGCACUAGCUUUAUUUAGUGGGGGAUCUGGAAGGAUAAGUUCCUGAGGGACAUGGUGGCAGGAAUUAAGGGACUGUGUGGCCACAGCUUCAGGUGGUAGGUGUCUUGGGUGCCUCAGCCUGGGAGUGCCCAUUGGCAUCACCAGUACAGCCAUUGGGGGCACUGGGAGCUGACCCUUUCUUGAGUGGCACAGGGCAGGCAGCUACCACAGGCCCAACCAUCUUGAGGCCAGGACGUUCCAUCUUGUGUUCCAGAAGCAUAUGGUUCUGCGGUGGUAGCCCCACACAGGCCCUGGGGGUAAGACAUGGGUUCAGUGGGGCCAGCUCCCUAGACUGCCCCCACAACCUUAAUCCCUAGGAUCCAUGCACAGCCUGGUGGGUGGCCACCUGGGCCACAAGUGGAGACUCCCAAGACCAGGCCCACCUGAGGAUGUUCUCAAUGCAGCUGCGCUGGCGGAAAAGGGCGUUGACCACCGGGCUGCCAGGUGGCACAAGUGGUGCCUUGAACAGGAAACUCAGCAGGGACAGCACCGGAUGGAAGCUCUGUGGUUCCGGGUCAGCAUCAGUGCAGAAGCUUACACGCUGACACAGCUCAGUCAGCAGCAGCAGGUCCAACAUUAUGGGGGCAGCCAGAAGCGAGUCCUGGGGACCAAGGUGUCAGGAGGAGUGUGCAGCAGGGGUGGCCC